UGACUAUAAGACUGACUCGGUGGUGCAGUAGUUAGUGCCCCUCACUGUUGCGCUGAGGGUCGUGGGUUCGAUUCCCAUAUCGGCCAAACAUUCGUGUGAUGAACACGCUUGUUUUCUCUUUGUUUGGGUGUUUAUUAUCUAUAUAUAUAGGUAUAUGAUGGAGAGGAUCCAUGGUGUAUUUGAAGAUGAUGACGUCAGUGUUGCUGAUGCCAUUCUCUUCUUCGUUAUCAUUGCCUUUCAUAGUGACAGUAAUUAAGACUCACUUUUCCAAUAAAUUCCUUUUAUUGAAUUUCAAGUGUACAACAUUAAACACAGAGAGCUCCACAUCAUUCGGCUUCUAAAGUCGGAAUGUGUUAUGCUAUUUUUUUUCCUAUUAUUUUAGUAACUUCGAGGGGUUAUUCUAGAUUCACCUAACUAGUAGGUGAGCUCACAGGGCUGAAACCUGACGAGUGUUGUGCGGCAAAAGUAGCUCGUAUUUAUAGAACAGUAAAGUGGUUUGUUCAUGAAUACCGUCUUAAACAAUUGUUGCCUUGCGUUGGACUUAUUACCGUAACCUUUUUUUUUACUGCAUAGAUCGGUGGACGAGCUCACAGCCCACCUGGUUUUACUAGAACCCAUAAGCGUGCUCCGACUUCUACUUGGCCAUAGUCGUCUUGAAAAUUUUAGGAACUGGUAGGAUAUUAAAGUCUCAGUCGAUUUUUAAAUGAGAGAAUUUUGGAAGACAUUUUAGAACAAUUUUAGCAUUUUGACAACAUGGGCUCAAUUCCCUUUGUCUGUCCAAUAGAUGAACAAAGGGUGUUUGUUUUGAAAGUGCUGUCAAACAUCACGUCACAGUUGUUGAUUUUAUGACAAGUUUCUGUUUACUGUAUCUAGUGGAACUGUUUCAAACUUUGAAUUACAACUGUAGCAACCUAACUUUGAAAUUCUACAAUGGAAGAAUCUUACGCUGAUAAAUAUUCUUUCAUUGGCGAAUGGUAUGACAAUCAAGCAAAUUUAAAACGCCGGUUUAACAUUUUUUACUACCCUUCUGAUGAUACUAUAGAAAUGUAUGACUUAAAAAGUCGAAAAACGUUUGUGAAAAGAGUUAAAGUAAAUGGUGUAACUUUAGAUAGGUUUUAUAUUGGUUGUACUUUAAGUAUAUUAGGUCGUCUUAUAAAAAUAAUUGACUUCGCUUGUGACCAUACACGAAAGAAGUUGCACAAUGAAAUGCAAGUAACUUUUGCUAUGAUUAAACCCCUUCCAACUGAAAUCGUUGGUAAAAUUUUAAGUCACUUUCAUGAGCAUGGUUUGCGGGUAACAAAAAUGAAGAAAUCACGACUGACUGCUGAAGAUAUUAAUAUUUUGUAUAGAUCUCAGGUCACAGAUCCUACAUUUCCGUUUCUUUUAGAUUACCUCACAGGAGAAAUGGUUUAUGGUUUAGAGUUAGUUGGAAGAGAUGCAGUACUAGUAUGUAUUAAACUCCUUGGUGAUAAAGAUCCAAGAAAGGCUGAAAUAGGGUCAAUAAGAGCUCUCUAUGGUACAGAUCCUGUUAAAAAUUGUGUUCAUGCAUCAAGCUCAUCAGAAUCGGCAAUAGAGGAUAUAGAAUAUUUUUUUCCACCUCCACCUCUAAAUUCGACACGACUUUGUCUGACUGCAACUCUCUCGAACUGCACCCUUUGUAUAGUAAAGCCUCAUGCAAUACUAGAGGGAAAACUAGGUGCAGCUUUGGAAGCCAUUGAUAAGGGUGGUUUCAAUGUAACUGCCCUCUACAUGCUGAUUGUUGAAAAUAUUAAUGCAGCUGAAUUUUAUGAAGUUUAUAAAGGCAUUGUGCCUGAAUACAAGGGUAUGGUUGAAGAAUUGUCGAGUGGCCCUUGCGUGGCUAUGGAAAUAGUAGCGAAAAAUAAAAAUGUUAACACUGCUGUUGAAUUUAGAAAAUUAGUAGGUCCUUCUGAUCCUGAGAUUGCAAGAUUACUUCGACCGGAUACCCUGAGAGCAAAGUUGGGAAAAACGAAAGUACAAAACGCAGUUCACUGUAGCGAUUUAGCAGAAGAUGGAUUACUAGAAGUUGAAUACUUUUUCAAGAUCUUAGCAUUAUAAUGAAUUAAUAAACUAUCGACUUAUUAAACAAACACGUUCAUAAAAUUUAAUCAUUCUAUAGGUAUGAUCUUAUCCACAAAAUAAAAAAUUGUAAAUCAAAUACAUAUUAAUAUCCUGAGAUUUGGAUCGAAAUUAGAAGAAGAGCGGUAGCUUUUCAAACGAAUUCAUACUUAUUCAUUAAAAAGUCCAAAAAGUUCCAGAUUAAAUUAAUAAUAAAAACAAAAAAAAAUAUCCAUGUUUUUAUGGUCGCCACAGAUGUACCUACAGCUCGACCAAGCUAAGUUUGCACCUCGCAUCGAUUACGUCACACUGCCGCUUAGGUAUGGUCUGAAAAAAGGAUUCGCUAUGACUUUAAAAAUGUAAACAAAUGUUUGUUAGAUUUUACUUUGCAUUUAUUGUUUUUAACAAAUAUAUUAUACACAGGUACAUUAGAAUAUAGCGAUAUCGGGUUUUUGUAUUAAGACCACCCGGGCAUUCUUGCACUUUUUAAAUUUGUAUCCCAAUUGCUCAGUAAUAAUUUUUCUUUAUGUUUCCUUUUCAGGAGUUUAUCCCUUCACUGUGUAUGACCUUUCCUUUCAUUUCUGUUGCCCACAAAAAUCCUCUCGAAGUAAAAAAAAAUGAACGUUAAGCGUUCAGCAACAACAGUUCAACAAAAACUUGAUAAAAAUAGUCCAUUAAUGUAACUAAACUUCAACAAAAAACCUAACAAGAACAAUUAAAAAUUUUUAAAUUCAACGGAUAGGGAGACGAAAAGUCGUAUGACGCGUGUCGGCGACAAAGAUGCUAACCGUACUGACGCGGCAGGGCGAUCUCGGGAAGGUGAACGGGGAAGCGGUCGGAGCGCCGCAUCCCAGCGAGGUGCAAACUUAGCUUGGUCGAGUUGUAAUAACCAUGACAGAUUUGUUUUGCGAAUCUAUAAACCUAUAAAAAAAUCAGAUCUUAUUAAGAAAACGAAUUUAAAAAUAUAAAAUCAUUACUAGAUUUUUAUAAAACUAAAUCUACUGGAAUUAAUUAAUUAAUUAAUUAUUCAUAGACCACUUGUCAGUUAAUUUGACAUUCAAUCAAAUGCCAACGUUUUGCUGAUAUUUAAGUUGAAAAAUAUUCACCUUUAUAACCUUUUAAAAUAGAUUUAUUUGAGUAUUAAAGUUCCUACUAGUACAUUCCUAAAUAGAGGAUUACCUUUGAUUUUGGUAAAACUAUGUCAUCUUUUAAAGGAAGCAUAAGAUAUAAUGAGUUGGAACUUAAUUUAGCAAGAAGUAAAAUGGACAAACACGUAAUAGAAAAUAAUAUAAAAUUAGCAAAAAAACAAUAGUGAAAAUUAUUACUAUGCUAUUCACUAUUUAAAAUUAUUAAUCCAAUCUAGAUUGUUUUGUUAGCCGUUAUUCAAAUUGAUUUUAUUGAUCUCAAACUCAUAAUUUACGAUGAUCAACGGCAUUUAUGAAAGAGGGGUUGAAGUCUUUGAAGUUGAAGAAUAAAAAAAAUGGUCUUUUUGGUCUUUGGUCUUUUCCUUGACAAAACCUUUAAUUUGUGAGAUUUUAAAUUGCGAAAAGAAAGAGAAGGGAAGUUUUCAAUCUCAACUCGCAGGUAAAAAGUAUGUCGGACAGUGUGGGGGCGUGUUGCGUCAUCUGCAUGUAGACUAUGCUAUGCAAAUAAAUACAAAUAUAUUUUUAGCUUAGGACCAGUUUUAACAAGUCCUCGGGGGUUUUGUGUUCGCUUAUGGUAUUCACUUAAAAUUAUUUUCGAUUUUAUCACAUUUACAAUGAACGCUACUUACUGUUGAAUCGAAAAUGGUCCGAGAUUGAGCAGUUCCCGAAAUCGUUUACAUUUCUUCAGAUCUUUUUUUUAUUUUUUAUUGCCCAUGUAGGCGGGCGAGCAUACGGCACACCUGAUGGUGAGUGGUUACCGUCGCCCAUGGACUUCAGCAAUCCGCCGCUGCCUACCGCUUAAUACUCUCCACAAGCCUCUUUUAAAGAAGGACAUGUCAUAGCGCUCAGGAAACACCGUGGAGGGGAGCUCAUUCCAUAGCCGGAGAUCCGAGGUAAACCGAAGUUUCUAGAAUGGAAUGGAAUGAAACGAACUAUACCUACUUGCGGUUAAUAGAUCGAUGCCAAAGCACAAACGACUGUCAAAAGUAAGUAAUAUUUUUUAACACUGAAUUUGGGAAACAACCAUCACAUUUAAUUUAAAAUAAAAUUUAUUAGGUACAUAUUGUAAAAGAAGUUCGAAGUUCGAAUUCGAGUUCAAAGUUCAAAUUCGAAACUAUCAUUUCGUAGGUGACUACUCUUUUUUUAACCGGAUAGCCAUAUAAUAUCACUCACUGUUUAUGUACCUAUUGUUGAUGCGUCGCCUUGAAUAAAUAUAUCGUGUAUGUAUAUAUCUCGUAUGUUCGAAGUUUUGAAUACAAAUCGGUCUGCGAAAUACGAUAUCCUUUUGGUUUUUUUUAUUGAACUCACAAAUAUUUAUAUUUUUUUAUUGUAUAUGUAAUAGUUCUUGAUUUAGAAGCGUUUUCAAAUUUAAUUAAUAAAAUUUACUUUGUAAUAAUUAUGUACUUAGUAAGAAUUAUGUGUGAUCAAUGUAUGCAUGUAUUUAUUCAUGUGAAAAACAAAUGAUGAAAUGAUAUUUUAAAAAUUUAAUUUUAAAAACCAAAAAUUUUAUGAAUACGAAUAAAAAAAUACUUUUUAA